AUGUCGUGGAUCUCAAGACUUCCCUUCCUUCGACGCCAAAGCCUGAAUAUCCUGCCCAAGGUGCCGACGGAUGAAGUCGUUCCCGUGCAUCUGUUCGAUAGCAUCAGCGGGCUUCAAAGAUGCAUCCUAGUCUGGAUGUUUCGGUUUGAUGAGAUACUGGAUCCGGAGAAGCUGCAUUCUUCCUUAUCUCGUGUCUUCCAGAGAGAUGGGUGGCAUAAACUUGGUGGCCGAUACCGCCGUCGCGACGACGGCAAGUUGGAAAUCCACAUCCCAAGGCCUUUUACAAGUGAAAGACCUCCUGUCCACUUUACACAGGAGAUUUUUGACGUGCGUUUCGAAGACCAUCCUCUGGCCUCCAAGUUACCACGAGGAAAUGGGAAGGUCGAGACUUUCACGGGUCCUCGAGCCUUCAACUCUCUUGCCAUGGGUCCAGGAUCACCUGCGUCCUUUGACGACUUAAUUCAAGGCGAUAGACCUCAGUUCUCACUCCAUGUCAACACCUUCACCAAUGGCACUCUUGUCGGCCUCACUCACUCUCAUAUGACAGCCGAUCUUCUUGGACUCACUGCUAUCAUUAAUGCUUGGUGUCACGAGCUUGCCGGACAACCAGAGAAAGUGGCUCCAUUUGGUGGGGUACAAGAAGACGGCAUGAAGGGCCUUUAUGAUCCUCCUACGGAAUUCAAACACGUUCUUGCUGGUACAGAACUCACAGGCUGGAGAGUCGCUUAUUGGUUGGCUUGGGCGUUUUACGAGUCAAAGCGUGCGCCACUAGAGUCACGCAUUCUCUGCAUUCCAAAAGAGAAGAUUGACAAGCUUACCACUCAAGCACGGGAUAGUAUGACAAUUUCAUCUGACGGAUCAGCUUUUAUCUCUCAGGGUGAUGUUUUAGCAGCCUUGGCCUGUCGUCUAAAUGCACAGGAGCAACCGGUCGGAUCAAAGCGUAACAUCAUGACGAUGAUGGCUCUUGACCCUCGCAGCCGGGCACCGUCCGCAUUCCAAGACGGCGUAGCCUAUGCUGGUAACUCACCUACCGCAGUCUUCCUCCAAUGUCCAGCAGACGAGGCGCUCAAGAUGUCCAUUGGGGAUCUUGCACUUCUAUCUCGUAAAUCGAUUAGCGAGCAAGCAACCGAAGAACAAAUGAAAGCCUACUCAGUGCUAUCUGCAGAGUCUGUUCGCAAGACUCACAUGAACACUAUGUUUGGCGACAAGGACAUGUCUUUCCAACUCAUGUCCAACUGGCUCAAAGCAAGUCUUUUUGACAAAAUUGACUUUAGUCCGGCGAUUGUGGAAGAGGCCUCGGCCGAAAUUGGCUCUGGACGGAAGCGAGGCCAUCCUAUCUACUAUCACUCUGCGGACCCAGGGAGUGUUGAGGGUCCGUAUAUCAUGCACUUGGUAGUGGUUAUGGGAGCUGAUAGGGACGGUAACGUUUGGAUGUCAUGUGUUUUGCCAGAGAAGACAUGGUCCAAUCUGGUACAGUAUCUUGAAGCACUUGAGUAA